AUGACAAUCAGAACAGCCCGUCCAAACCGAGGAGAACAUUUUCGGCCACGUCUUCACUGUCUCAAACAGUUGGAUGCCACGGUGGUUGAGAUGCAGGACCCAAAAAGUGGGCUAAAAGGUUCUGAACAGAAACUAAACGUCACCACUAUUCCACAUGUCAUUGCUGGUAAAGACAUCAUUGCAUGGAUUGCUAACAAGAUGAAGACCACCACAGAAGAAGCCCAGGCCUUUGGCACCAUGUUAGUGGCCUACGGAUACAUCUAUGCCCUGCAGAACCACAAGAAACUGAUCAUGUGUAAUGAUAGCAGCCUUUACCGGUUCCAGACUCCAUACUUUUGGCCUACACAGAAGUGGGUUGCCGAUGACACGGACUAUGCCAUUUAUCUGGCGAAGAGAAACAUUCGCAAGAAAGGCAUGCUGGAACCGUAUGAACAGGCACAUUACAACCGCCUGCAUAAAUGGCUUUACCACAAGUGGGACUUCAUCGUGAUGCAGGCCACUGAACAGUACAAGGCAAGUAGAGAGAGAAAGAAGCCAGAUCGUGUCGUGUUUGAUUGCCAGGAGAGAGCUUACUGGGUUGUGAAUAGGCCACCGCGUCGUACACACAGUGCUUUGGAUAAUGGUCCAGAUCGCCUUAUUGAUCCCAACACCGAUGAGAAAAUCUCGUUUGACCAAUACAGACGCAUUAACAUGUUCUACCAACAAGCCAUCAUGAGAUCAAAAGUCAAAUCGAGCGUGUCACUCGGAGCAUUGGUCAAAUACAUCACAACCUACAAAAACCACGAUCCCUUUCUGGCACCCUGCCUGCCCAGCAACCCCUGGCAGACGGACAAUGACUCAUAUUGGAAUCUCAAUAUGAGAAGGGUGGAUCUACCAACUAAAAUGCGAGUUGAGCGUUGGUCCUUCAGCUUGUUUGAGUUACUGACUGAUCUGAGAGGCAGAGACGACUUUAAGAUCUUUCUCAAGAAGGAGUUUAGCGGGGAGAAUUUAGCUUUCUGGGAAGCUGCUGAGGAGCUGAAGUGGGGAACUGCAGCUUCCAUGUCAACAAAAGCUGAGAGCAUCUUUAAGACCUUCCUGGCUCCUGGCGCUCCCCGCUGGAUCAACAUAGAUGGAAGGACUAUGGGUCUAACUGUAAAAGGCCUGGACCAUCCUCAUCGCUAUGUGCUGGAAGCUGCACAGACGCACGUUUUCUUGCUCAUGAAAAAGGACACUUUCUUUCGUUAUCUGAAGUCCCCAGUAUACAAGGACAUCCAAAAGAAGGCACUCAACCCAGAAGUUCAUAACUUCAGUCAAGCCCAGUUAGAGCAAAAUGCUCAGAACCGAAGCCCAGGUAUCCAUCCCAUCAUCCUUUGGAAGCAAGAGGAGGAAGAAAAGGCUAAGGCGGCGGCUGCUGCUGCCCCAGUUGAUGUCAAGGCCAUGAUGAGUAAAAUUGACAGAAAGAAAUAA